UUCAUUUUCUAUCGCUUGAGCUUGAGCAUUAUUUAAGGGCGGCUUUGUGAACCAUCCACUCCAUUUAGGAGUAGUGCAUUUUGGAAGCAAUUUCCGGGGAGAUAAACGUUGUUAAUUGUCAUAUAUUGAGCUCUCUCUUCGAACUAAAAGUUUAAAAUAAUAAAUGAUCGAUAAAUGGCUUUGAGUCAUGCCCAUAACAGGAUGCAUUUUGUUUUCCUUUUCUAAUUAGCUUUUGAAAUAAAAAUAGUGAGGGUGAAGGAUAAAGACUUUAAAGUACGUAGGGUGGGAAAGAUUCGUACACUCCUUGUUGGAUUAGCGAGGCUACAUGGUUUAGUUGACGGACUAGGAGAAUAAGAAACUUUGUUAAUUUUAUUAGGUAGGCAUUUUAAUUUAAAUUAUUAUAUUCAUGAGAUCAGCCUCCUAUGGACUCCCCACUCACUAUUGCAUGCUCAUGACCUCCAACCUGUGAAAAAUAUAAACCUAAUAUUAUUUCUACGAGGUCGGGAAUGGUUGAGGUUGAUUAUUGAAGUUGGAGCAACUAAUUUUAUGUCCAUGAUCUGCCUGUCAUGCCUCUAUAGUCUCUACUUGCUUAAUUCCUGAUAACAAAAAGAACGUAAAGUCACUUUCAUUUUUUAAAUGCUUACUUUUUCAACCAAUUCAUUCAUGCUUCUCUAUAUAAUGUUCGUUUAUUCAUUCGUUCUCAUCAUUCCCAGCUUUUUUGAGCACAUUCUUUUCUCAUCAACCAUUAAUCUCAUUUUGAUUUUCUAGGUCUCAAUCUCUCUCUAUUUUUGGGAAAAAAAGAAAGGAAAAAAAAUCAUGAGGACUGGUGAUUCAACCACAGUUGAUGUUCCAGAAUCGAGCGCUGUCCCUAAAGGGAAAGCAACUGUGGUGACAGUCGCAAAGCAGAAGGGUGGAUGGAAAAGAGGAGUUGCCAUAUUCGACUUCAUUCUCAGACUAGGAGCUAUCGUGGCUGCUUUAGCCGCCGCAUCCACCAUGGGUACUAGUGGCGAGACUCUCCCAUUUUUCACCCAGUUCUUCCAGUUCCAAGCAAACUACAAUGAUUUGCCCACUUUUCAGUUUUUCGUCAUCGCAAUGGCAAUAGUUGCUGGGUACCUAGUCCUGUCGCUCCCCUUUUCCAUUGUAUCCAUCGUUCGGCCGCAUGCAAUCGGACCGAGACUGCUGCUCCUCAUUUUAGACACAGUGGCGCUUACUCUAAAUACUUCUGCUGCCGCUGCAGCUGCUGCCAUAGUCUACUUGGCUCAUAACGGCAAUAGCAACACGAAUUGGCUGGCUAUAUGUCAACAAUUUGGUGGUUUCUGUCAGAAAGUGAGUGGGGCCGUGGUGGCGUCGUUCGUUUCAGUGGUUGUGUUCAUUUUCCUUAUUUUGUUAUCUGCUUUGGCCAUCCGAAGGGUUUGAUGAGAUCAUCAAGAUGGACCAGCUAGCUACUGUGCACUUAAAUAAACCUUUUUCCAAGUCUUUGUAUUGUUGUUUUAUAUAUGAAUCAUAGUGUUUCUUUCAACUCUUUGUCGUGUCGUGUCGUGUGAAAUUUGUCAAAUGUAGUUUGUUUCAUCGUACGCAUGGAUGGCAGUUGCUGUAAUGAAAAAAAUAUUGAAAAUUUUUAGUCCAA